AUGAGUUAUCCAAAUGAAGAUCGACAUGAACGUGAUGUUGUUGGCGGCCAGUCUCGGAAUCCUUCCCAAGACGGAGAAAAACACGACAAAUCUAAAGUUUUGAACGCCAAUCCAGGAGGUAUUCUGCUUUUUCGUCCUUCCUGUGUUGUGUGGUUUUUUUUAAUGUCUUAUAGCUGGAGAAUUGCUGUCAAAUUUAAUCGUUUCAGCGAAUAUGUAGUUGUCAUGAAAUCGAACAGACUCCAUUAAUACCUUUUUAACCAUGUGUGAAAUUUGUAAUAAGAUUUGAUAUGGUCGAAUUCUCUAAUUGUUCAAGAUCCUCUUCGGCAUUUAAACAUCCCCUUCGAUUUUGAGCAUGCCUGUGUGUUUAUGUGGUAUUCAUGGUUUUAUCUAAGAACAAUUUCCUGUAACCCUUGAUGUAUUAGUCAUGCAAUAGUUAACGGUACAUUUGUUAGUAAGUAUCGCUCAAUAAUUUCCACAAUCAAACCGACACAUACAUGUGGCUCCUUAGGUAAAAUAUGUCUGCAUUUAUCACUUGAAUGCCGAUUAGAAUAUAUCUCCUCCAUAUUCUAGAAAUUGAAAUGAACAGUGUUAAGCAAUUAUCAGUCCACUUUAUCAAAUUCGUGUUCCUGUAACGUGACGAACUGUUUUAUUUCCUUGCCUUUUAAUCUUAAUAUUUCAAUCUAAACGUUUAUUAACUGGUCACUGCAUAAAUAUUUAGAAUUAAAUAAUUAUUUUGGAAGCAUUAAAAUGUUGCCAAGGUGGUUGUUUUUUUUAAUUUAUGAAUGUUGUUCAAAUCAAUCGCAUAUUCUAGGUGAUUUUGAACCUCUCCUCCCAAAACAUGAGAAUUAAUUCUACUAACUGAUGAUAAUACAAAUAUUUGCUGUCUAUUCCCUGAGAAUGUGGUGUACAUCAAAAGUGCAUGCUUCCUUAAUAUUAAUUUUAUGAAUCACUAUUCCCUGUCUUUAGAUGUAUCAUUUACCAUUUUAUCACCCCUUGGGAGUCAAAGGUUUAAUACUUUUACCCUCCAUCAUGACCAAUGAGUUAUUUCUCAUUACAGUAACAAUUCAUUUUCAAGCAGAAGAGUGAUAAGAAAAUAAGAAAAUUAUCUCCAGAGGGUGUUGAUAUUCUUAGAGCUAAAACUGUAAGAACUGUGUGGCACCUAUCCAUAAUGGUUCACUGGGACAGAGUCCCCUGAAGCUCCUGGUGGGCAGAGGCACUGUGAGAGGAAGGGGUCUUUCUUAAGAGCCUUUCUUUAUGGUUUGAACUUAUGGUAUUUUUUAAACUGAAUUCUGCCAACUCAGCUAAAAGGACACUGCAUUUUCACAUAUUAUUUUGGGCAAUACAUGCUCUUAAAGAUAAUUGCUGGUUAUGCAUGACGCACCACCAUUUUUAAGGUGUCAAGGACACCCAUCCCACUGUAAGGUUAAUAUUUCCUUUAAAUGAUAUCCUUUUCAGAACCUUUUUUGCAUUAUGCAUUAAUCUAAUGCUGGACAUUCUUUUUUUGAAUUAAGUCCCAAUGGCAGGCCCAGAGAGUGGAACUUAUCAUAGAGCGCAUGUUGAUCAAGCAAGUAUCAAGGUUUGCUGGAAGGAGUUAAUGAAUCCUUUGUUAAAGUAACAGUUUCAAUUGUUAUCAGCCUCUCCUAUUUAUUAUAGUAGGCCUUCAGACAGGGCCAUUCUACCUCUAAAAUUUUGUGACAAACAGAUUUGUGGAAAACUUUUUUGUAGCUUACAGCUCUUUUGCUGCACGUCUGUGUUAUUGGCAGAGUUUCCAGAACUGAGUGACAUUCAAACCCUCACAGAGGACUUUGAGUUUUUCUCUGUCUCUUGGAUUUCAUAAAUGAUAGAUAUCUAUUUUUAUUAACCAACUGCACAAAGUAGAGUGCAAAUAUCCAGUACUAUUGAACAGUUAUUUGGACAGCCAGUUAUUUUGUACUGUAAAAAACCUGUUAAAUCAAUUGGCUAUGCAUACUACACUUCUCCAUCCACCUUGCUUUUCCCACCUUAUGAGAAAUGAGCUGAAAGACUCAAAAAAGAAAGAAAAAAAAAAGCAGUUGGAUAAUGAAUAACUUAUUAGAUGUUUUGGUGUGUAGUAUCACUGAGUAUUUUUACCUGUUGUUUGUAUUUUGACAAGCCCAUAGGGCUCGUCAAAUUACAGCACAACUUGGAAAAAUACUAAGCAAUACUAAACACCAAAACAUCCAAUAAGACAUAAUUACUUAUGUGCAGACUGUCUUUCUUUAUUUUUAAAAUUUUUUUUCUUAUAGAUGGGAAAACCUCUUCAGAAUCGCCCAAUAGCUCCAGCUUCAGGCUCUAUUGGAAUGAUCCCUAGUCACCUUGCACCUGGUCUUGUUGCUGGCACCAUGCAAGGAUUUAAUGCUGGCCAUCCUUUGAUUGCUUCAAUGAUGAGGAUGCCUCAGCCUGCCUUCUCACAUGUCCCUGUAGGAGCUGCUGCAGGGGCACUUGCUGGGGUAACACCCAGGAAUACUUCUUUACGUACCCCAACAAUGCCAGCUGCUGUGAAACCUAUGGGACACACCAGUCAAACUCAUAACAGUGGUCAGUCACAGGCUCCCAUAACAACAGGCACCUCUUGUCCUUCAUCCCCUGGCCCAUCUUCUUCUUCUCAUCUUGCUACUGUCGCAGUCUCUUCAUCUUUGCAUCAGCCUGUAGCAGACCACAAGUCAAGUGAAAUGCGAGAGGCAAGACCAGGUUUGAUGACUGAUUUGGCAAGAAGAGGUGCAUCACCCACAGUUCAGGCAGUGGCACCAGCCCAUCCACCAGCUUCUACCAGUAACAAAGUCAUCUCUAUUGUACCAUCAGCACCUCUCUCACAGAGUCAUCAAGUACCAAAACAGUCUGUUCCCACAGUGUCAUCACACCAUCCCAUUUCCGCACAUGGUAGUGGACCAGUUACAGGUACAGGGACAUCUGUCAGUAGCACCAUUUCUCACAUGCCAUCAGCUGCUGUUGGCAUGUCUGGUCAUUCUCAAACGUCAAAAAUAGUCUCGUCAAACACAGUCAGUGUGACACCAGCUGUGCUGACAACAACAGCAAGAAUCUAUACUCCACCUCACAUUGCAUUCACGGCUCCAAGGCAGCCACCUAUCUCAAGCUUGGAAUCCACUGCGGUAUGUACAGCAUUUCACUCAAGGCAGUAGGUUGUUGAAAGAAUGGCAAUAUUAAUACAUACAUGCCUUGCUUCUUGGGGAGCCAGUUAGUAUAAUAUACUAUUAUGAAUACCUUGUAAAUGUUAUGUAAUUUCAGGCCCUCACCAGAUUAAGCUAGCUAAAGGAAAUAUGCCUAAAUGUAAUUUAGAUGAGGUUAAUUGAGAGGGUGAUAUGUGAUCUGCAUGUACUUGAACAUUGGGAAAGUACUAAGGGGAAGGCCUUAGGCUUUCCUUGUGUACAUUGCAUUCUACAUUUACUGUUCUGCUUGUCUUGUCAAGUCUUUCAGGCUGAUAAUUCCAGAUCAUUUGCAGCUUUCUCCAAGCAAAUCUUUGAUUACUCUUUACCCAACCUGCUUAUAUGGGUUGGCUCGUUAUGUAUAUGUAUGUGUCCACCAAAAUCCCUUGACUUGUUUCGGUGCCAGCUUUAAAAUGGUUUUUCUGCCAUUACAGUUUCCAUGAGAUUCCACUGCACUGUUCCUGAAUUACUGAAGGUUCCCUGCCAAUUUUCAGGGCAGCAGGAAGGCCAUCUAGGUUCAGAAACCCAGUACAGUCCUCUCACUAGUUUAAAGCUCAAAACUUCUUCAGACAUUUCUUGUGCAUACCAACUUGCAUUCUUGGUGUGCUACUGGUAAAUAAUUUUUUCAAAAUCAUUUACCCUUAGAAUCCAGCAGCAGAUCAUGCAAGGUUGAGCAAACCAAGUGGGACGGCAUCUCCAGCAACAGUGUCAUCUCAUCAUACCAGCACUAUUUCCACUGUUCCUCACAUGGCUGGGCCUUCUCUCAACUCAGGUACCACAUUUCUUGAGCUUGUUUUGGCUAUUUUUUUCAUAUGGUUUUCAUGCUGCUGAAAUCUUGGUUUAAAUCAUUUUGACUGUGUAUUUGUGAGUGUAAGACUUUCCUCAUUCAUGAAACUCACAAAAAGUUAUAUGAUAGUUGUUUUUUGGUUGUUUUCAGUUGUUGGAAAUGAAAGCCGAAUGGACAGGUACUGUAAGGAACUUGGUCUUUUUGUAAAUUUAGCAGGGAUGGUUAAAUUUCAGCUGUAUUUGCCUGACUGAUUCUUUGUAAAACUAAUCCUGGGCAAGACUGUUUCACAAGUCUGAAGGGUUUUAAUUAGUAGCAGGUUGCCUGUAGCCUACCACCAUCAGUAAGACCUCUGAAUAGCCAUACAGCAGGCUUGUAUGGUUGAGUUUCACUUCAGCCCCCUUUCCAGGCACAGCUUUCUGUUACAACUUUGACAGCUGUUAUGGAUAAAGUUAUUAAAACUCCUGAAGACUCAUAAAUUUUAGAUUAGACAUUGGACAUGUUUCUCUUUUUGCAUGAUAUGUGGUGUGACAGUCACACUGGAGAUUUAAGAUUCUUUUUGUUGACCCAGUAAUGUAGUGUUUUUAUCUUCUUAGGGGAAUUGCUAGGUAUUGUAAAUAUUUAGUUAUUUUUAACUAUAUAUAAAUGUUCAUCAGCUGUAUUUACAAACAAAAAUUUUAAGUCUGUGUAAAGCGCAUUUGAUAAUGCACUUAUUUAAUUUGCACCAUAUAAAUGUUAAUCAUUAUUUUUUUAGAUAUUGCCAUAAGGCUGUCACCUCUAAUCAUCAUUUUCAACCACCAGAACACUCUGGUUUGUUAACUAAAUCCAUAGCACUAGUUAUUUACACAAGAUGUAACACAAACCACGGUUUUACCCAAGCAGUGGGUCUUAUGUAUUCUAUACAAGAGGGUUAUUUUCAUCAAAUAAAUGUCCUUCCACUGCUAGCUUUGGGCCCUCUCAACACUGUUUACAAAAAUAAAUGUUUGGAUAAAAGAUUCAGCUAACUGUAGGAUAGUUUUGACAUGGUUUUGUUAAAGAGCAUUUACUAUUUAUUAUAACAGCAUUUAUUAUUAUCAUUAUUAUUAUUGUUAUUAUUACAAUUUAUAUAUUUAUUUAUUUUUUACUCCAGAGCACAUCAGGCCUUGCCUCAGUUCCCUUACCACCCUAUGGCUAGUAUGGCAGGUCUAUUUUAUCAAGAUGCUAUAUCUGGUGAGUAUUCACUUUGCUCCUUUAAUCAUCUGAUCAAAUUCAAACGCCUCCUUACCAGUUAUAGCUUGUUUGUUUAAAUUUCAUUCUCUUGUCUGUUUGGUUGUGGUGUUUUAGUUUAUGGUAUGGAGUUUGGAACAAAAGCGAAUUAAAACAAUGGGUGAAAUUAAACCACAACAUGAACAUUUGUGAACUAAUUAACAAAAGUAUUCUAACAACAAAAUUUAUCAUAUAGCAGUGCACCCAGGGCUUCAUCCACAGUAUCACCAACCAGCCUUUGGCCCAAUGCCGUCUCUUGCCAGAUCACAGGGUGUGGUCACUUCUGCUGCGGCUGCUGCUGCAGCUGCUGGAGUGAACCCUAUGCAGAUUAUGGAUCAUUCAAGGUUGAUUUUCCAACCAUCUGCAGCACUUGGUGUUGGAGGUGAGUAGUCUAUGUUUUUGAAGACCUUAGGUGGGUAGCCUGUGGGCGCACUUUCUUUUCCACACCGUAUCACUCCUAAAGAUGGCAGCGGUAAAAAAGCACAAAUACAGAAAUAGAGAGCUUGCGGAAGGUAAUUGUGAGAUUUUGGGACAGUUUGAAAUGUUGGCAGUUUUAGAAAGGUUUACACGCUAGACUAGAGGGUGAAGUCUGCCAUCCAACGGCCGUCUCUCUGACAAGUCCUAUUAAGGACGGUGCCUGCUAUUGCUACGGCGCAUACGGGCUGCGCACCACGCCAUGGCCACGCGUGCUCGUGCGUGGGUGGAAAACCCGGUUCCUGCAAUGAUCACGCGAAAGAUCAACCGCGAUAGUAGCGGAAGUGUGAAAUAGCGAGGAAGGUUUGGCUUUACGCGACCCGACCCAAUCCUUCCUCGUUUACGCUGUACUGCUACUAUCGCACCGUCAUCAGGCCUGGUUUUGUGGUAUUUUGACCUUGCAGUUCAGCCUGUGUAAGGAAACUUUUUACGGACUUCUGCACCAACCCAUGAAUUGGAAAUUGGUUUUUGAUCAAAUUUUGUACCUUUUGGGAUAUCUACAGUAAUUUUCACAUUCCCACACAGAUCAAUGAUCUCGUCGGCCAUUGUGGAAAGAAAAAAGGUUUGCAAACAUACUUUUUUCAAAUAAUUUGCGAGGCUGCAUCUCACACAACAACAACAAAUAUCGAGGCCGAGCGAAACAUCAUUCUCCUUGAGGGACCAAGGUUGGCCAAUCCCAGCAUUCAUUUGGAUGCAGUAUCAGCAAAGUUGCGUUUUGAAAAUUGCUCUUAUUAAAAAUCCUUAUUUAUAAUCAUUCAGCUUCAAGUAUAGCGAACUUAACUGGGACAGACACGCCGGCUAGUGCUGGUAUUAUGGACAUCAGUGGUGCAAUUGCUGGUACAUACAGUGUUCCAAUCUUCAAUGUCCCACCGUCAGCCGGAAUCCAGGCCACACAGCUGACAGCUCCAAAUCCCAAUGCGACAUCUCCGCGGCCAAGCAUUCUACGAAAGAGAACUUCAGAAGGGUAGGUGAAAAAAGAGGAGCCACCACUUUGAUGUUUUUUUUUUUUUUGCCAUAGAUCGUUUUGGUGUCAUCUACCAUGUGAUAUCAGUUGUCAAAUGGAGUGUUGUUAGGGAAGGAGACAGAUCUUUCGAUAAACUGAGGGUCGCUUUUGCUGCAAUGUUAUUGGCUGCGCGAUCAGAUUUGUCGCAUUUGUCAAUUGUGAUUGGUUACUUUGACUUCCGCUCAAGUUUUCGGUUGCCGAGAUUAAAUAUAGAGGGCAUUCCGACUGGUUUUUGUUGAACAAAUAGCAAGGAAAUAAUAACGAUUGGUUAGAAAGGAACAACAAGAAAACUGCUUGAAGCGCGAAAAAUCGCGAGUGACCCGAGUGGUUUCAGGUUUUGUUUGUUUCUAAGGGCGGCGAAACUUUUCUAGAGCAAGGGUAGAGCAAAUAAAAGUGGAAAUAAUACCAUCUCAGGUUAAUUUCGAUAAUCGACUGAGAAUUGCUCUCUGAAAUUUUUUUUCAGGGUGCGUAAACCUCCAAGCCAACUGCCGUUUGCCGCUGAGAUGCUGGUAUCAAAUCAGACGGAGGCCGCAGCCAGCCCAAGAUCGGACAGUACACUUUCUGCACCACACUCCACACAGAACUCGCCUAAACCCGCAAGGUAUGCAUCGACAACACUGCAAUAUUUUAUGAGGCCUGCUGGAAACUAAAUUACGCUUUUUAACAUUUUAAUCCUGGAAGUAAUCACAAAGUAAUUUUUUGCAGUUACACUGAGUUGCCGUUACCUGUCUCGUAGGUUUUUAGCGCUGCUGCUUAACAAACAGACCUCAUUUUUUCUUUUCAAGGAAGGUUGAUUGUUGCAUUCACAUUAUCGUGCAUUUCCGGUUGAUCUCCGCAGACGUUUUAUUUAUUUAUUUAUUUUUUAUUUUUUGCUAACAAAGGGAGUUUAAUGUAUAGUUCAUUAUAAUAUGAAAUUUGUUGCCUCAGUGAUUCUGGAAGUCAAUCGAACGAAACUGCAGCCGUAACAACAGCCAGUGUUACAACAACAGAACAGCCAGCUGUCAAUCAAACCGCUCCCGUGUCACCGAGUAAAGUCAAGAGAGAACCGUCCAGCGAGGCGGCACCUACCCCAAGUGUGGCUACCACUGCUGUGUUGAACGGAAACACUCCUGCCGCCCCUGCCACGCCCUUACUCGCAAAUGCUACAACUACGAGCAGCGAGGCGGCUUCACCGAGGAAAAAACCACGAAAGCAAAAUGUGUAAGUAUGCGUAUAACCAAAGGUCAGGGCUCAGUGGUUCAAAGGGAAGACAAUGCUAUCAAACGGCUAAACCGCCAGAUAAGUGUAAAAAAAGCCUACUUUUUUGUUGUAAUUGUUUUAUUAUCAUUUUUGUUUUCUUUUUUGCAACCCAAGAGUGCUUAAACUAUGAAAACCUCAUAUUUGCAGUGUCGCUACGGAAGACAAGUUCGGUAGUAACGUUAACAUGGAACCUGAUUCGCCAACAGAUGAAGACAAGAAACCAAAACAGGAUGAAGGUAAGAACUAUCUCCACAUUAGUGUGCUGUGUCGGCGUAUUUCAGUGAGGAAAGGCAGAGACAUAUCCAAAUCUUCAAAACAGAGCAAAGUUUUGUGGAACACAAUUAAACCCCUACUACCAAAGGGGGGGGGGGGAAAGUGUUCGAUACACAAAAGAAGGAAGGAAGGGUAUGGAUUAGGGAAUUACUCCCCCCUUGUGUCAAUAUAUUUAGUUUUGCACAUUUCUUUGCUUCUCUCAUUCUCAACAGCAGAUGAAGAUUUGAAGUUCAUACUACUAAAGAGGCCAAAAAUCUCCAUCGUUGCGAAUUACAAGAUCAACACAAAAGCUGCUCAUAACCAUUUCCAGCGGUAUUCUGAUGUCAAGGCAAAAGGUCAGUGUAAAUUACCUCACGACUUCUGCGAGUUUUCUUUGCAGCCUUUCUUUGUGAUGUUACGCAACCUGUAAGAAUAAACCAGAGCGGGUUUUUGGUUGUUAAACCAAAAUCGAAGUAAUCACAAUCACAAUUAGAACCAGAGACAAAAAUCACGAGGAGCGAAUCAUAGUUUAGAUUUCAAACAAGCAAACUGCUCGGAAGGCGGGAAAACGCGAGCGACCAAGUGGCGGUUGGAUUUUUCUCGUUAUCUGAUUGGUUGAGAAUGUGGCACGAGUUUUCUGGACCAAUCACAAAAUGUGCUGAAGCAAAACCAUUGUAAUCUUAGAUUACUUUCGACACUCCAUCGAAAAUUGCUUUACAAAGGAAUAAGGAUGGUGAAAGAAACUUAGGCUAAAGGUAACAUUAGUCUGGGUCUGUUUAUUCAUCGUCUGUUUUUUGUUUUUCAGAAGAAAGAAAACCCUCCAUACAAGAAAUUGCCAGUCAGAAGGGGAUUAUACAGAGAGCAAACGGCUGGCGGGUCCAGCACAUCGCUGGACAAAUGGACGAGCUGGUGAGGAAGAAACUGGAGCGAAUCUCACACAUUAACUUAUCCACAGGGUUCUUGUUCCCUGAGUCUUUGGGGCGAGGAGUUGUCCUCAGUGACCUGUCAAACUUUUCAUUCGGCCCUGAAAUAAAUUGCGUCUUUUUUUCAGAUCGCUGCUGAACAGGAAGUGUUGAAAAAGAUGGGAGAGAUCAGAGAAAAGAUUCCUAAGGUGAAACCGGGUCAGAAAACCAAAUUCCAGGACGAUUUAGUGAUGUUAAAUGAGUUACUUCAGGUGAGACAACAUUCCGCUGACAUUAAUGCUCCUAUAAAACAGAUAUUGACAUAUGUCUCGUAUUUUAAAUUUAGCUGAACUCGAUCAAAGCGAUAAAAACGCAAAGAAACAAACUCCCACCAAACUAUAUCGCAUCAGGUUUUUGUCUAGUAGGUUACAGAAAAGCCUUCCUGCUUCCCCAAUAUUUCAGCUUUGCAAACAAGCUACCUAACGCACAGAUAAACUGCAUCUUAAAUGGUCUUUUCUCUUCCUUUUUUUUUUUUUUUUUUUUUUUCUGUCAGGGUAACAUUCAAAGAUCGCAGCUGGUUGUUGAACAGCUUGGAGAUUCGCGAAAAUCUAUGAUCAAGGUGGGAGUUAUUAAGUCUCGGUACCUAGAGAUCUUUUAGUGAGCAAGAGAUCACUACAUUAUAUAAGGAAUCAUCGCAGUCAAUUAUAUUUUCGUCCAAGUUUAUUCAUCGCUUGCAAAUCUCCCGGAAGAUUAAUUUUUGCAUUAAAACGGGCCUUCCUUGGGCUCGUUUGAGGGGAGAAACACCCGGUAGACAAUUCUUUGAAUGAUGAUAAUCGUUUUGAAAAUUGUUAAAAGCAGUGUAUGAUGAUAAUAUUUUUCAUAAUGAUAUUACAAUCGCGAGUAUUUGCUUGAUUCACUAUACCGAUAAUUGUCUCAUAGUCAUUAUACACUGGGAAUUGUGUUACAUUACAGAUGAUAAGUUACUAAUUUCAGGCAAAGCAAGCAAAAUAAUAGAUCACCAUUGUCACUCACUCGAAAAGAAAAAAAAAGGUUUUUUUAUCUCUCCGGUUUUAAAGAAGAAGCCGCUGGGGUGAGCCGUACAGUGCUAAGGAAUCAACUUAAUCAGGAUCUGAAAAGUUUUUAACUUCUCCCUACAAUAUCAAUACAUCAUACGGCAGGCGGGUGUUGAGAAUACACAAGCUUAUCAGCGAGAGGGUGUUAUCUUGAUAGAACACUAGGUUCUCGUAACGUAUUUACAAGGAAAUUUUCAGAAGGUAGAUGGGAGAAUUGUUGAUUACAUCUUAGGGACUAAUGAGUUCGUCCUCGUUUUCCUCAGGUUUUGGAUCACAGGCCGCGUGUAAUGGAUAUAAUUCAAAAACAGAUGAGUAAGCGAAAUCCCAAGAAGAAGAGCCAAUAACUUGAUAGAAGGCCAGGACAUCUUAAGACUGAGGAUAUUUUAAUACACUGUAAAAUUCUCAAGCGAUGGUUUCAUGCCGGGCUGACUGUCAUGAAAUCUCUUCGGAUAUAUAUAUGAAAAAAAAGAGACUUAUUCUCAUUAUUUAACUCGUGGAUCUUCUUAUUUUACUUCUCUUUCAACAUCCAUCCAAGCUUUCUUACGUGGCAGUUCAGUAUGCGCUUUUAAGCGUCAAUGGGAAGGCUUUAUUACAAGCCACUGUUCGUGAAACGAGCCCGCGCUCCUCUCAUCGAAUCUCGAAAAAGAUCGAAGACCGCACUCGAGUAAACGGCGGAAAUUCAGUCAAGCGGAGACGUCGUGAAAAGAUGCGGCCAGGCCGUGAGAGGUGUAGGACAGCAAAUAAUGGUAGAGCCCGAACCUAACGUCCGCUGACUACUUUCGCGCCUCGACGUCUCUAUUCCAACGAACGCUCCGAAAGCUGCUAGCUACACAGGUUAACUCUUUGAAUGUCUAUUUCUUGCGAAGUGGCUAAUGCCAAGAUGGUUACGGAUAGUUAUUUGGUUGGUUACGCAACCUUUCUUUGAAAACUUGCUUGGAUUAUUGUCGUCACGUUUGCACGUGAGCCAGGAAACCUGGGUCGAGAACAGGCGGUUGAGGCUCCUUGGUAAUCUUCCCGGGACAGGAAUCAAAAAGAGAAAAUUUAAAUUGUAAUUUUGAACAGCUGAGUUUGUCGCACUAAUUGAAAAUAAUUCUUAAGAAUCGUAAGAAAGGAAAAAAAAGAAAAGGAAAGCCGUACGCAGCUAGUCACAUCACGAUUCAGAACUUUGUUUGCUUUCUUUUUCUUUUUCUAGAUCAAUAUCAGCAUCUGAGCAACUGCGUACCUUACCAAUCCCUUCCCUAUCCCAACAGCAGUCAACUGAUAACAAGUUAGGGCUAGUGUGGGGUUGGGGGAGGAGGGGGGGGGAGAUAGGUACGCAGUUUCUCACUUUGAUCAAUUUUUCCAGGGAAGUUUUCCUGUAAGUUUUCCAUCCAGUUCUCCCGAUUUGCCCAAAGAUUCCAAAACUAAUGUUGUAUCAAAUCAAGAG